AUGUCUAGUAAUGACGAAACACAAUCCAAAGUUGUCCGAUAUUCAGGAUCCACAGAAAAACAGACGAUCCAGUUCGAUGACGAGGGUAAACCUUUAUAUUCAGGAAGGUACAAAGUUAAGUACAUCACUGAGAACAGAAACCUAGAUAUCUGUGUGGCUGACUGGGAAGCUCAGGCCGUAGUAGUGGUCAACCAAACUGGACAACUCCGAUUUAGGUACACUGGAAAUCCCUCUACUUCUAAGGAUAAACCGUUCCAACCUCAAGGAAUAGCAACAGACAGUCAGAGUCAAAUCUUAACAGCAGAUCUCUCAAACCAUUGCAUCCAUAUCCUUGACCGGGAUGGACAGUUCCUUCGUUUCAUAGACAACUGUGAUCUGAAGACUCCAUGUGGAAUAUUUGUGGACAAACAUGACAUGUUAUUUGUUAGUGAGUAUGAUAGUGGGUGCAUUAAGAAAAUUCAAUAUCUAAAGUAA